AUGGAAGAUGAACAAAAAUCACAAUUGAUCAAACAAGGUGCAGAAGCAAAAGUGUACAUUACAACUUUAUUCACAAAACCUCAACUUCUUUCACCUAUUACAGGUCAGAGCUCUGUUCCGGUCAAAACUUCAUCUAGAUCAGACAAGGUAUUGCUCAAGUAUCGAUUUCCUAAAACGUACAGACAUCCCACCCUUUCUACACAAUUGACCGCUUCGAGAACGACUGCAGAGGCUCGGGCUUUGAUAAGGUGUGCCCGGGUUGGUGUCAAUACCCCCAAGAUUGUAUGUGUGGACGAAGAGCAGGGUGUGUUGGGACUGGAGAUCGUUGAUGGAUACAGCGUUCGGGAGCUGCUAGGAGGCGGUAGUGAAGGGGAAGAUGAAUACGAGGAAGAAGAGGAAGUCCAACCAUCUAAUCAGAUUGCAUCAGAAGAGCUGAUUCUUUUGACAAACGAAGAAGGUUUAGUGAUCAUGCGGAAGAUUGGUAUCCAACUAGCACGUAUGCAUCAAGCACACAUCAUUCAUGGUGAUCUGACAACCAGUAAUAUGAUGGUCAGAAGGCAAAAGGGAGCCGCUUCAAUUCAAUCAGCAGAAGUGGUAUUAAUAGAUUUCGGUCUAAGUCUCAAUUCCACUUCCGCAGAAGAUAAAGCAGUGGAUCUGUAUGUUUUGCAAAGAGCAUUCGCUUCCACGCAUCCCGACAGCGAGCAUCUGUUUGAUGAGAUAUUGAAAGCGUAUCAAGACAUUAUUGAGAAUAAGCCAGUACUUUAUGAUCCAAAGGUAAAGGCAGAAAAGGGUACAGUCGCUGGACCAACACAUUGGAAGGAGAUCAAGAGGAAAUUAGACGACGUUCGAUUGAGAGGCAGAAAGCGCAGCAUGGUAGGAUGA